ACCAUUUGGGCCGGUAAAAAUAUUGGUAGCUGGUAAUUUCCAGACAGCCUGAGACGGCUGAAAAUUGCAGGGGACAGAAAAGAAAAAUGUUACGCUCAUUAUUGAACUCCCAUGGAAACUAGGGGCUCUAUCAACGAUGAUAGAUCUUCAUCUUCCCAUCGCUUUCCCACUUCACCACUCCCUUACCGUUAGAUCUUCGAUCGGGUAAACCCGCCACGCCAUGGAAGCAGCUCUCUUAUGUUGUUCCUGUUUGAGAACAUGCAUGUAAGAUUAUGAUGAUGGGUCUCUACAGACGACGGUAGAGAUAGAAUUGUUGUUACCGGAGAUGAGGACUAGAGGUAUAAUUGGGGCGUUGUUGAAAUCUUUUGGUCCAAGUGAGCAUGGCACUCGUCUUGUUCGUAAAGGAAGAAAGUUGGGUCGAUUUGUCAGACACAAAUUCUGGCUCUGGGUGUUUCUCUUUGCAGCCAUAUUUUUGAUUUACUUGCUACUCUUCGGUCUCAAUGUGCAUUUGCCUGCUAAACUAGAAGGUAGUGGUACUAGUAUCCGUAUUUCAGCACGGCAACAAAUUUUGCCAUUUCAUGUUGUUGGAAGACCACCCAGAAGCAAGCAUCGUAAGCAGUAUUUGCCUUGCGAGGUUGGGUUUCUGGAAUCAGUUGAGUAUGUUGUUGAACCUAAGGAAGUCAUGAACUUCACACAGUUUUCACUAGAGUUCAUUGACCAAGAGGGAAUACCUUCCCAUAGUAAUAUAUAUGAACCUAGAUUUGGAGGACAUCAAACACUUGAGGAAAGAGAGCAAUCUUUCUUUGCGAAAAAUCAAACUCUACAUUGUGGAUUUAUCAAAGGACCCCCUGGAUUCUCAAGCACUGGAUUUGAUAUAGAUGCGAAGGACAAGGCAUACAUGAACGAGUGUAAGAUUGCAGUAUCUUCUUGCAUUUUUGGAAGCUCUGACUUUCUUAGGAGGCCUACAAGCAAAAAGAUCAGUGAAUAUUCCAAGAAAAACGUUUGUUUUGUAAUGUUUGUGGAUGAGCAAACAUUGGGAAAAUUAUCAUCCGAGGGACAUGUUCCUGAUGAUACAGGACGAAUUGGCUUGUGGAAGAUAGUCAUAGUGAAGAAUUUACCAUAUGAGGAUAUGCGCAGAACUGGAAAGGUGCCAAAAUUUUUAUCACAUCGCCUUUUCCCCCAUUCAUGGUAUUCAAUUUGGCUUGACAGCAAGAUGCGACUUAAUACUGAUCCAAUGCUGAUUAUUGAAUACUUUUUGUGGCGAACAAAAUCAGAAUAUGCCAUUUCCAACCAUUAUGAGCGACAUUGUGUCUCGGAGGAGGUACUCCAAAAUAAGCGUCUUGAUAAGUUCAAUCACACAGCCAUUGAUGAACAGUUUGCAUUUUACCAGUCUGAUGGCCUCACCAAGUUUGACCCUUCAGACCCAAAUACCCCUCUUCCCAGUUAUGUUCCUGAAGGUUCAUUUAUAGUCCGGGCACAUACACCAAUUUCAAAUUUAUUUUCAUGCCUUUGGUUUAAUGAAGUUGACAGGUUUACCUCCCGUGAUCAACUAAGCUUUGCAUAUACGUACUUAAAAUUGAGGAGAAUGAACCCAGAUAGACCAUUCUACCUAAUUAUGUUCAAGGACUGUGAGCGCAGAGCACUAGUAAAGCUAUUCCGGCAUAGGGAAGAGCCAUCUCCUCCAGGACCUCCACCUGUUAUUUGAUCAGUAAUUAUUAUUUGCAGUUAUUCUGGGAUGGAGACUGAAGUGAAAACCAAGCUAAUGUCAGCUGCUCGUCUUGCGAGAUUGAAUGGGUUAACUCGUUGUAGGCUUGUAGCUGACGCUGAGCCUGAAUGGCUGGUAGGUUUUGUUGUUGUUGCACCUGACCAUGUAGCACACAGAGAGGAAUUUAAUUUGGCAUUACAAAAAGAUCCAAAGAUCGAACAGCCACAAGUCUCAACUGCUGUUUCAAACAGGGAAAGGCAGACCAAGCAAUGUUGUUGAGGACAUUUGUAGAAAGCGGAUUUAUUUUCCUUGUAAUUUUCAGUUCCAAA